AUGGCCAUUACCGGCUCGUGCGCGCCCCUCGCGGCGCUGGUGCCGCUUUUCCUUCUCCUUCUUCUUCUAGUGCCGGAGUCGGCGUGGAUUGGCGGAGUCGUCCGCGUCGGGCACGCGCUCGACGCGUCGAAUGUGGUCGGGGACAUGGGGCUCGAGCGCGGCAUGUCGCUGCUCCGGCAAUGGGAGAACGCUUACGGCCUUAAGCCCGAGCAGCGCCUUCCCCCCGACGUGGUAUCGCUUCCGCCCAACGUCCCCCGCGCGCCCCACCUGGAGGAGUGCGUCGCGCGCACGGCGCGGCGGCGGGAGGCGGAGCAGCGCGGGGCGAACGGGGAGUCGCCGGGGGAAAGGCAGUCCUGCUUUGACGCAAAUGAAGCCCCCCCCCCCCCUUCAAGACUUUCGUUUCUUCCCAUUCACCUCCCGCCACCCUCUUCCCCCUCGCCUCCCCUUCCCCCUCCGCUCCUCCCCCUUCCCCCGCGCGCGCAGGUGAGGGGGGCGGAGGCGGAGAACCUGGCCAAGACGCGGGUGGUGCAGAGGGACAUCUGGGAGCGCCAGUUCCCCCCAGGGGACUGCCAGGGGCAGCGCCUGCUCGUGCUGCCCUGGUCCACGCAGGAGAUGCGCGGCGUUGGGUCGGGGGUGAGUGGGGAGGGGACGGGGGUGUGUUGCGGUGCGAUGCGCCAUGUCCCAUGCCAUCCCAUCCACGUCAUUCUGCUCUUUCCUUCCCACACCCUCCCCUCUGCUUUUUUUUCCCUGUUCCCCCCACUUUUUUCCCCUCAUCUCCCCUUCGUUCCCUCGGCCCCCCAUUUUCUUCGCCUCAUCCCAACAUUCUAUUCCCCUAACACCCUCCCCCCACUUUCUUCCCCUCCUCUCCGUUCCUCCACCCUCCGUCGCCAUGCCCUCACCCCACGCUCUCCUCCGCAGAUCCAUGUGACGGGGUUGUUCCUGAGCCUAUCCAUGGCGCUCAACCGCACACUCGUGCCCUACCCCGACUCCUACCACCACGCCAACACCUCCGACUGCAUCGGUACGCCCAGCUGCUGGGAGCACUGCGCACCGUGUGCCAUGGGCAUGAACAUGGAGCGUGCCAUGCGUCACGCCCAUGCGUCACGCCCAUGCGUCACGCCCAUGCCUCAUGCAUUCCAAAGUGUGCAGAAUGUCAUCCAGCCUCAGGCCGCAACAGCUCGUGGGAGUGCUUCUUCGCGCCCAUGGUCCUCAGGCCACAACAGCUCGUGGGAGUGCUUCUUCGCGCCCAUGGUGUCCCCUGCGUGUGACGCCCUCGUGCGCCGCCUCAUGGAGACAGCGGAGGGUGCGGGCGUGAAGGAGUGUGCGUCGGUGGACUAUGAUGGGCUGGCUACAUUGAACGACACGGUGGUGUGUGUCAGCCCGCUUCGCGUCGAUCGGCUGAAGCUGGAAUCCCGGGCCACUAGGUGGGGGGAAAGUAGGGGGAAGAUGAGAAGGUCCGCGAAGGAGAGAGAGCAGAGGGGAAAUCGAGACGGUGGUGUGUGUGUGUGUGUGAGCGCUCUUCAUGUGGACUGGGUGAAGCUGGAAUGGAACCCCGGGCAACCAGGUGGAGAGGCGCGCGUGGGGAGGGAGAGGAUGGGUAGGGAGAGGAUGGGGAGGGGGAGAAUGGGGAGGGGAGAGAGAAGAGGGAGAGAAUGGGGAGGGGAGAACGGAGUCGGCCCGCACCUGGAUCGGUUGGACAUGGUGGAGUACAUGGGGGGCAUGGAGCAGGACGACGACUUCAAGAUGCUCGAGACGGACAUGGUGGAGUGCAUGGGGGGCAUGGAGCAGGACGACGACUUCAAGAUGCUCGAGGUGCGGUGGUGGCGAGCGCAAGCCACGCGCUUCAUGCUGCGCUGGCCAUCCGCGUACCUCUGCCACGUGACCAACCGCGUGCGCCACUCCGCGUACGGGCUGCACGCAGCCAUGCACCUGUCGCGCUUCGAGGAGGAGCGAGCAGAGAUCCUAAGACUAGUCGCCGCAGGCGACCCGGUGCGGUUCUUUGUGAAGGACACGGAUGGCAAGGCGGAUCUAGACGGGGCUGCCAAGGCCCAGGCCAAGGCACUCGCUGAGUUGAAAUUCGGCGGGAGCACGCUGGAAGGGCAGGUGUGGCCGGCGAAAGGGAUGGAGUCGUGUGCGUUUGACUGCGGGCCGAACGGGGAAGGGCGGUGGAAGAGGAAGGAGGUGCAGGGGAUGCUGCAGGGGGUGGGCGGGGAGGUGUAUGCGCCGCGGCCGAUGGUGAGCGUGCACGUGCGGCAGAGCGACAAGUUCAAGGAGAUGACGCUGCUGUCGUUCGCCAUGCACAUGUUCUUCGCUCAGAGGUUGAGAGCUGCCGUGCCGGAUCUGAAGCACGUGUGGCUCAAUACAGAGAUGGAGGUACGUUGGAGGGAGGGGGUUGGGGUGGGCGAGAGGGAAGGGAGAGGGGCCUGGAAAGGGCGGUUGGGAAAAGGAAGGGGAUCCGUGAUGGAGCAGACCAAGCAGUACCCCUCGUGGCAGCCCCACUACUCCACCAACCCAUGCCUCCCCGCACGACCCCACAUCACCUCUCUCCCUUUCCCCCUCCUCCCCCUCUCCACCCCCUUCCCCCCUUUACCCCCACCUGCGCCCACCAGUCCAGCAGAUGAAGCAUCUGUAAUCGAGCAAACCAAGCAGUACCCCUCCUGGCAGUUCCACUACUCCACCAAUCCACGUCUCCCCCCCGGCGCCAACGACACGCGUGCGUACGAGUUCAUGCAGGACGUGGCAGUCAGCCUUGCCAGCGUGCUCAUUGCCGCCGAGUGCGACUACUUUGUGGGCUCGCUCGAGUCGAAUUGGAGCAGGUUGAUCAAUGAGCUGAGGAGCACCAACGGGAGGCUGUAUGCCGGGUUCAUUGCACUCAAUAUUGGGCUGUGGUGA